AUGUUUAUUGUUAUUUAUUUGUUUACCAAUCAGUUGGUCACUUGCACUUUUUAUUCAUUUAGCAAGAUUUCAAGUUUCACGAUGAUAAAGCGUUAUUAUUCCUCAAAAGCAGUUAGAAAGUUUUAUCCCCAUACUCAAAUAAAAAUUUUCCGCAAGACCGAUUACAAUUCCGCAACGACGCUAGCAAAUAUACAAAAUAGUAAGAAUAACGCCUUUCCAAAGAGUGCAGAAAAAAUAUUAGAAACAAACGAAAUACGAACGCUCAGAGAUAAGGAACUGACCAACAAUAAUAACACAAAAAGCGGAUCUCAAAACAAUAAGAAGGAUGCCAAUACGUCCUCGGAAUAUUAUGAGAAUUUGGCGCGAAUUCAAAUGUUAUCGACGAAUUUACACAAACAAUUAUUUCCUCAAGCACCACGCUUUCAAGUAGACGUCGAAGAAGGAAAGAAAUACAAUCUCAACCUUAAACGGCAUGGUAUUGAAGUUGAUUGCGUGGAGCGAUUAAAGGAUGUGAAUAUAAAAUUGCCACCAUUGAAGGGUAACAACAUCGAACGCCAUUUUUACCAAAUAGGUAAAGACCAGGUGAAACCAUAUGAAGAUUUACUUAUUCCUUUGGUUCAAUUAAAGCAAUUGCCAGCAAAACCCGAACGUUGGAUUUUAAAAGAAGGUUGGACUGUUUAUGAUACCACAACGAAGGAGCAUCAGUCUAUAAAUUGGCCAUUAGAAGACGGUUUAGUGCUAGAUGUAGAGGUUUGUAUAUCAGAAGGCGCUAUGCCUACUAUAGCGACUGCCGUCAGUACUAAACACUGGUACUCUUGGGUUAGCCCGCGUUUGCUUGUUCCUCAACAUGAAAUUACAGCUAAACAGGAGUUUCCCCGUUAUACCCUAGAAGACUUAAUACCAUUAGGAAAAAGAACACCAAAACUUAUUGUAGGUCACAAUGUUUCUUACGACCGCGCCCGACUUAGGGAACAAUAUCUAAUAGAGGAUACAGGAGUACGCUUUUUGGAUACUAUGUCUUUGCAUAUGUGUGUGAGUGGUGUUACCAGUUAUCAACGUGCCUUGAUGAAAUCGAAGAAAGAACCUGCCGCUGAAGAUGUCGAAUGGUUGUCGCAAAGUUGCUUAAAUAGUUUAGCAGAUGUCCAUAGCUUGUAUUGCGGUGGUGCUCCUAUAUCGAAAGAGGAACGUAAUAUUUUUAUAAGUGGCAAUUUGGACGACAUUCGUUUUAAUUUUCAAAAGUUGAUGAACUAUUGUGCGCAAGAUGUCGAAGCUACACAAAGUGUGCUCCAUAAUUUAUAUCCUCUAUUUGCUGAAAGAUUUCCACAUCCUGUUACUUUGGCUGGUAUGUUGGAAAUUAGUUCAGCUUACUUACCAGUCAAUAAAAAUUGGUGGCGCUACAUAAGCGAAUCAGACUUGACUUACGAAGAUCUCAAUAUAGAAGCUAAAUAUCAUUUGGCUCGAAGAGCAGAUGAAGCAUGUUCGUUAAUGAAAAAUGAACAGUACAAAAAUAAUUUAUGGCUUUGGGAUGAAGAUUGGAGUACACAAGAGCUAAAGCUAAAAAAGGUCAAAUCUAUUACUAAAAAAAAGCCUGUCGACAAUAAUUUAAAGGAAACAGAUUAUAUUUUGGAUCUGCCCUCAACAGAAGAGGAGGAAUAUUUGUGUAGAAAAUUUAAAUAUUUACAUGACACGAGAUUCCAUUUGCCCGUUAAACGACCUUUACUACCCGGAUACCCUGCCUGGUAUCGGAAAUUAUGUCAAAAGAUCCCUAAGGAUUUAAACAGGCUAUCGGAAUGGUCACCGGGCCCCUCAGAAAUAAGCACAGGUAUGCAGAUAGCUCCUAAGCUGCUUUCUCUAUGUUGGGAAGGCUACCCUUUACAUUAUUCUCGUGAACAUGGUUGGGGAUUUCUAGUACCAUUUCGUGUGCGGUCGUCCAAUGAAGAAAACCUCUCUUUGCCUCAUGUACCCAUUGAAGAACUGGUUAAACGGUGUCCGAUCCCGAAGUUUCUACAGGAUCAUGCUACUAAAAAUGAAACCGAAUAUGCUUUUGGAAUUUUGAAUAAAGAGCUGAAUGCAAACUUAGGAAAACGUGAGUUCUACGCUAAAGCCGCCAAAAAGGAUGGCACUAAUGGUCUUUAUAAAGGAUCGGGAGUAUGGUGCGGCAAAAUAUUGGACGAUUGUUGUUUUUUUCUAAAACUACCCCAUAAAAAUGGAAAGUCUCUACGAGUAGGGAAUCCAUUAUCACGAGAUUUUCUUAACAAAUUCUCCGAAAACGUUUUAAGCUCUGGAGAAGAUGAAAACACUGCAGCCGCAAGAGUCAUCUCUAUAGCUCGUAUGAUGUCCUAUUGGCGAAACAAUCGUGAUCGAAUAAUCAGUCAGUUGGUUGUGUGGUUAACACCAGAUCAGUUAUCUCCUCAAGUGCAAUGCGAGCAGAAUUAUCAAUAUGGUGCCAUUUGUCCUCAGGUUGUCGUUUGUGGGACUUUAACGCGUCGCGCGAUGGAGCCUACUUGGUUGACCGCUUCCAACUCUAAGGUGGAACGUAUCGGUUCGGAAUUGCGAGCUAUGGUGCAGGCGCCACCCGGUUAUCGUAUAGUUGGUGCAGAUGUUGAUUCUCAAGAAUUAUGGAUCGCUUCAGUUUUGGGUGAUGCUUACGCCCAUGGUGUGCAUGGAUCCACUCCAUUUGGUUGGAUGACUUUGAGUGGUACAAAAACCAAUGGAACCGACAUGCAUUCAAUAACUGCAAAGGCCGUGGGAAUAUCGAGAGAUCAUGCCAAAGUUAUUAACUAUGCUCGUAUAUACGGAGCCGGGCAAAAUUUUGCGGAGGGUUUGCUUAAACAAUUCAAUCCUACGUUUUCCGGAACGGAGGCACGAAACAAGGCCAUGAAAAUGUUUUCUUUAACGAAAGGUAAAAAAGUCUAUAAAUUGAAGAAAGAUUACCAACAGGAAUAUGGAAAUAGGAGCUAUUCCAGUUACGAAGCAUUAAAGUUGGCUUCCUGUCAAAAUCGUAGCGUCAAUGAGAUGUUCCUGCGGGCUUGCUGGGAAGGUGGCACGGAGAGCGCUAUGUUUAAUCGUUUAGAGGAGAUCGCUACAGGAGAAGAACCGGUUACACCAUUUUUACAGUGCCGUCUCAGCCGCGCAUUAGAAACUUACAACACAGAUGAAUAUCGGUUUUUGCCCACACGUAUUAACUGGGUGGUGCAAAGCGGGGCUGUUGAUUUUCUGCAUUUGAUGCUCGUGUCCAUGCGUUGGUUAUUAGGCACAAAAGCCCGAUUUUGCUUAAGUUUUCACGACGAAAUACGUUAUUUGGUAAAAGAGGAGGAUGCUUAUACUGCUGCACUAGCCAUGCAUGUAACAAAUCUGCUUACACGAUCAUUUUGUUGUUCACGCUUGGGACUAAAUGAUCUGCCAAUGUCUGUGGCAUUCUUUUCCUCGGUAGAAGUAGAUACAGUACUGCGAAAAGAAAGCUCUAUGGACUGUAAAACGCCCUCAAAUCCGCACGGAUUACACAUUGGUUACGGCAUAGCGCCCGGCGAGAGUUUGAACAUAUAUGAGGCCAUCAGGAAGGCGAAUUGCAAUGACUUAUCUCACUGGAAAUUGGUUUAAAAUCAAUGAGUAAUUAGUUUUAGUUUUCAGUUGAUUACUCUUUAU